UCAUCACUGGGGGUGAUUAUUACAAAUAAGAUCUUUUCGAAAUAUUACAACAUGCUGAUUUACAAUCAACUCAACCAUGCUCGAGGCAACCUCCACCCAGAAUCUAGUAUCUUUUCAAAUACCCAUUGUGGACAUUCGCACUCCAUCAUGCCUCGAGGAGACUAUUCGCAAAAAGGUUGUCUCUGGACUAGCACGCCCAUACAACAAGAAAAGUAUUCCUGACUUGUUAUUGUAUAACGAGACAGGCUUGCGCUUAUUCGAAGACCUUACCUAUCAGCCUGAUUAUUACUUGACUGGUCUCGAAAUUGAAAUACUCUCCAAGCACUCCUUGCAAAUUGCAGACUCGAUUCCAGUUGGCUCAUUGAUCAUGGAGUUGGGGGCAGGUGCUUUGAGAAAGACUGCCCUGAUCCUUGAUGCACUGGAGGCGCAGAAAAAAGAAGUAGCUUAUCUGGCGCUGGAUUUAGACCGUCCGGAGCUUGUCCGCACCCUCGGACAGCUCAAUGGAAAGUAUACUCACGUCAAGCUUGGUGGUCUCUGGGGCACAUAUGACGACGGCCGUCGAUGGUUAUCAGAAAAUACUUCUGACAGUCCUCGCACGAUAUUAUGGCUUGGCUCUUCUAUCGGUAACGUGAAACGGGACGAUGCCGGCGAUUUCAUACGAUCAUUUGGCGAUGUCCUCUCAUCGAAAGACCGUUUCGUCGUGGCCAUUGACAGCAGAUAUCACGAGGUUGAUACCAUCUGUCGAGCUUACAACGACAGGGAAGGCUUCGCCGAGCGUUUUUGUCUCAACGGCAUAGAUAGUUUCAAUCAACUUUUCGGACGUGCUAUUAUAGAUAUAUCUUGUGCUAAAUACCGCACUGUUUACAACGAGGUGAAAGGUCGUCACGAAGUGUAUUAUCGCUGUACUCAUGAUUUCGAAAUUCGCCUUCCUGGCGACUACCCUCCGACCUUCUUAUACGAAGGUGAACUGAUACUUUUAGCGCAUUCGUACAAGUAUGCUGCAGUCGAGCGUGAAACGCUUUGGUUGCGAGCUGGAGCUCGUCCAGAGAAGGAAUGGAUGACUGAUGGUUCAUAUACAGUAACUAUGUUGUCGUGGCCAUAAACAUGGACUUUUCUUCUCGAUUUCCUGUGUUUUGAAGACAUAACUACCAUGUAUAAUAAAGAUUAUGUAC